AUGUUCCGCAGAAUCGAUUAUCAGUGGGACUCUGACGUUACUCAUGGUCCGCCUAUUACUGCACUUCUUCGAACCAUCCUCAAAAAUCCCGAACUUGGAAAGAACAUCAAAGAGUUGAAUCUGCAAGCUGUCAACUAUCGUGGCUUCCAAGCUCCUGGUUUUAACGGCGACAUCCUUCUCCCGUCGCACACACAUCGCAUUCCAGCAUCUGAUUGGGAGAUGUUCGAAAAGGCACUGGAGACUUGUCCGUGCGAAGAGAAGGGCGAAUGCGAUGACCCGACAACACGGGAGGGGAAUUUGAACGCCGGGAUUGGUGUGUUGAUCUCGUGCUGUACACGAGUGGAGUCACUAAGCAUCGAUAUCGAAUUAUUGAUGCACAACUAUCGGCUUCCAGCAAUGCUAAGAAGCACACUGUACCGGUCACUUGGCCCCUGGGGAAAACUGUCCUGGUUCGAGAAAUUGAAUCAAGUAACGAUUUCCCACACUGAUGCUUAUCAAGGGCCCCCUCAUCAUGGUAAAUACCAACAAAAGUACGCUGAGAGUCUGCCGGUACCCACGCAAACAUUCCUCCAUCUAUUCUAUCUACCGAAUUUGAGAACGCUGGACGUUUCGUUCUUCCCGGAUGCUUUGGAUCACGUACAUCGAACUCUUAAAAUUCUGGUGAUACAAGUCGAGCUGUUUGGUGACACCGAUAAUGGUUUCGGCGGUAUGCUCAUUUCAUCUGACGAGGUGAGCAUGGUCUGCGUCAACGCUCUGGGGCAGCUUCGCGACUUCGCUGCUCUGGUCUCGCUCGAAACCUCGCUUGCUGUACUCUAUGGUCAAGUGGUCGAUCCUCACCUCCAUCCUCUUGCGGGAUUGUUACCUCCAAACCUGCAACGGCUGGUCAUCAACGAUGAUCUUUGGGCAGCCUCAUCGACCUUUCCUUGGAACGAACUCAUGGUGCUCUCAAUUUUAAGAUGCUUCUUGAUAGGGCAGACGUUGGCUGAUGGAUGGCCUGGUGACGCAUGCGGAAACACGAAUGUGAGCUGGGUCACGAUCACGGAGCCUGAAUGGAGAAGAGCUACACCCCAACUUUCGGGAUUUGUCCUGGAUUUCAAGAAACGUGGGUGGAUAGAGCAUGGUGUUCUCCGUCGCUCUGCGCAGAGAAGAUCAUUGGAGCAAGCUUGCGAAGAUCAAGGAAUCAGAUGCGAGAUUCAGCACGACACAUUCGAUCCGGACGAUGUUCCAUAUUGCGAGGACCUGACCUAG